GCUGUGAACCACUGAGGAGGGCCUUGACUUUGACUUCGACUUGGGACUUCAAUCCACCAGAGUUCUGUCAUCCUACGCAAAAAGGGGCACUCCACAGGAAGGCAGUGUGUGGGAAAGGCUCAGCAAGCACACACAGGGCCAGCAAAGGCAUUUCCAUAAACUCCAGGACUCCACCUCAGCUCAUCCGAUGAAGAGAAUCCGGUUCAAACUGAAAGAGGAAAAGGCUGGCUGUGACCUCCGGCCGCGUGCUAGCUUUGAAAUGGGAACACUGGAUGGGGAGAAGACAACAAAAGGGGGUAAUCAGGGACUCUCGUCUCUUUGUGGUGAAAGGAAGAAGAUUGGGAGUGGAAGUGGGGACCACACAGUGCCCAGUGUCUACUCCCUAAGCAAGAAACACAACUACUCUUUGGAUGACCUUUACCUCCAUCUUCUUCCCAUGGACCGAUCGACGAUGCAGAGAAAGGCAAUAUCUGCCAUAGAAAAGGAGAAAUUUUCCCAUCGGGAAGCUGAUGCUGCAGUAAUAAUGGAUAAGAUUGCGCAAUCUCAAUCACGACUGAAUGCACUCCUCCCUCUCGGUGCUCCUACCCAUCGAUCUCUCCCGGCUGCAGAUGAGAACAGAAAUGGCUAUGCCUUGCCUAAUGGACCGCCUUGGAAUGACUCUGGGCGUACUCUAAGACCAGGUGCUCCUUGGGCUAGGCUGGCAGGAAUCAACGGACAAGGUCCAAGCGGUGUGGGAGCAGAGGAGUCUAGGGGAGGAACGGUUGAAGUGCAGAGUACUGCUCGGCUAUGGCGAGGUGAAGAUCGAUCCAAUGGCGAAGAGAGGACGAGCCUUGGAUCAAGGAUUCAAGCCUUCAGGAUGAGCCUACGAACCCAACGCUUCCAGGUCGCAACGCUGUCCCGGUCGGUGAACUGGGCCGAGACUGGGGGACAAAGUCUGCAGCAGCUGGCUAAGCAGGGGUGCUUCAGAGUCAAUAAUUCGAGUUCUGAAAGCUUCGACGACUGCAGCACAGAGAAAGAUAAACAUGCCCGAGGGCCUGAGUCCAAGCAGAGAAGAGACAUGCAGUCAUUCAGAAGCCUUUUGAGGCAAGGAGAGCAUCAGCAAAGGAGCUUCGGUGUGGAAGAAGGAGGAGGAGGGGAACAACAACUGACCGAUGAAGUUGUAACGAGGCCACCAAGACGAAAAGGUUCGCCAUGUGAGCCUAGGCAAUCAGGGAAGAACAGCCUCAAAGGCGUACUCGCAAAUAAAGAAAAAGGCACAGGAGGAAAGAGCCAUUCAGUUGGCUGGAUUGAGAAGAAAGAGAAGGAGGUAGAGGCCGCGAAGCUAUCGGUUUGCGGGACUUCAGUUAAAAAAACAGGGACCAAGUCGAAAGAGGGUAUAGAGAAAUCAAUUUCAAUCGCCAUCAAAUUCCAGAGAAUGAAGUUGAUAGAGGGUGCUUUAUCUCAAUGGCAAUCAAUGUGCGCUGCAAGAAGAGCUUCCCUCAAGAAAGCCCAGGUUCUGCUGAAAUGGCACACGCUUAUCCGUUCAUGGCGUCGAUGGUGGAGAGUUGUCCAGAGGAGCAAGGAAGAACGAUUGGCUUAGUCAUGAUAGGUCUUCAACGACUUCUUGCAUCUCGAGUUUUUGUGUUCUCUUAUGCUGUUUUUUUGCAGAAAGGGGAGAACGAGAAAAAGAAAAAAGAAAAGAGGGAAAAAAACUUCAGAAAAGAGAGAAAAACAAACAAAGCAGAAAAGAAAAAAAAAUCAGGAAAGAUUCAAAAGAACAAAUUUUCAAAAACGAG